AUGCAGGCCACUGCAGUGGUGGAGACAGCUUCUGGUAAAGGCCACCACAGUAAUGGAGGAAACAGCCAAAAAGAUGAGCCUUCUAAUCCUAAGAAAGAAAAUUUAUUAUCUUCCAAUGAUUGUAAUGAAGCCAGAUUGACUUUUCUUGAUGACUGGGAUUUCUUGGCACCAAAACAAAGAACUAAUGACAAAAAAAUCAGCAGUAUUGACAAAAUAGAUUUGCUGGCGCCAUCUUUUAGUACACGUCCAGGCACUAACACAGAGCGUCUUCACCGUCAGUCAGAUGAGUCUGAAUGCAGCACUGACUAUUCUUUGAAUGAAACAUUCUUCACACCUUAUUCAGACUCAAAACGAAAGAAUCAAAGUUUUUUUCUUUUAAAUUCAGAAUUUGAUUCUGAAAUGCAGAAAAGGGAGGAGGUAUUUUUGGAUAUCUUGGAACAUCAAGGUAGUAAGAUUAUUGGCUUGGAAAGAAUCUUCAACAUUUCAGAUGAUGAUUCUAAAGAAACUGCUGAAGAUCUGCGAAAGCAUGAUAGAGAUGAAGACUUACAGCAGGAAUACUAUAGUGAGGAAGAACCAGAAUAUCGAAGUAACCGUUUGUCUUUGGACCGAACAGAAACAUUAAACAUACCUAAUCUGGAAGUUGUUGGAUUAAGAAAUUCAGGUUAUGAAGUUAAAUGUGCUAGCAACUUAGAACUUAAUCAUAUUGAGUUGGAUGUUGACAUGGAAAGUAGUUCUAGCAUCUCUUUAGAUUCAGUUGAUGUUUAUGGACAAAAAGAUUCACCCCUUGUCUCUACAUUUCAGAAUUCUGUUAUCUUAAGAGAAUAUCGUGAACCAAAGCAUGAAAAGUAUAAGGAACAGGAGACUAGUUUAAUGUACCACACAGCAUCUGAUGAAAUUGUACUGAGUAGUCUUACUGAAAACCAGGAUUAUCAAUCUAAGACUAGUUUCUCGAACCCUCAGAAAGCAUUAAAAACUAAAAUUUAUACUGGCAAAAUGAACUCUCAAGUAACUGAAACUAAAGAUUUUUGUGGAAAUGCAAAGGUUGAGAACAGAAUGUUACACCUUGAAAAUCCUAGCACAUUACCACGGUUCAAAGCUUUAGAGACAUCACUACAACCCUAUAAAGAUUAUCAAGCUUCCUGGACCUCUGGUUUUGAUGAUUCAGUAACUUCUGCUUGUGGCUCUUCACGUUAUAAAAGCCUGCAAAGUACUCCUAACCCAGCCUUAGCUUUUUCUCUUGCUCUACCAAGGGUUGGCGUCAAAGAUAAUCAGGCAGUAAAAGAAGAGAGCUCCCUAACAGUUGCUAAUGCCAGUACCGCAACUAAACAGUGUGUUCAUGACAUGGAAGGGGCAUGCCUUGAAUCAGUGACAGGGGCAGCAAAGGGUCCAGUCACGGUUACUCAGACAGUGGACGUUAGCACUGAUUUUAGGGCUUGUUUCACAACCAGCAGAGCGACAAGUGCAAGAGCUUCUGUAGUGUCCACAUCAAGCAACACGGAGAUAACAAUGAUGAAUAAAAAAUGGCCUGGUCAGUGGCACAGUGAGAAACAAACAAGUGUGACCUGCAGUACAGAUUGGUCAUGUGGUCAAGACAAUGGAGAUACACAGAUGGCUGUGACAAAAGGAUCCCCGGGAAAAUCUCUCUCAGCCGACAGUGUCAGACCUAAUGGAAAUAUCCUAAAUAAGGAUUCCCUGGAAUUAAGAAAAACAUUUGCUAUUGCAGACUUAAUGGAACAUCCUGAGAUGGAACCUCAACUUUCUAAAGAAAUGGAGAAGAAUUUGCCAUCAGAGUGCUGUCAGAAUACAAUGCAGAGAGCCAUCAAGGCAGAGAUGCACCUUUUAAAUGUUCAGUUUCAGAUGUGUUGUCGCCAUUGUAUUUAUAUUUACAAACUUGUGAUGGACAAUCGGGAAGGAUUAAAUAGGAAUUUAUCAAGUAAUUCUACUCAGAAGGAAUUAGGAUCAGCACUACUAUCUGCUUUGGGAGACUUAAAAGUUAGAUACAUGAAUUUGAAAGAAAAAAUAAACAAGGGCAUACCACUGGAAGAGAUGCCCCCACUGUCAGUAGAAUCAAAAUUAUUAUCUGCCUUCUCUACCUUUGCUUCCAGGAUAAUGAAAAAAGAACCACAUGUCUUUUCAGGAGCAGAUUCUGCACUAGAUAAUCAAAGUACAUGUGAUAUUGACGUUUCUUCGAGCCUGAAAAAGACACUCUCUCAAGUGUCUUUAUCGUCUGACACUAGUCACCCCAACCAAGGCCCAUCACCCAAGGAAGCUGGUUUAAACAAUGGUGGUGUAGAUGUAUACUUUAGUCAACUGAAACUUGAUGAUAAAGACUGCAAAAACUAUCAAGAAAUCAGUGAAGACUGGUUUGACGCUAAAGAGAACCUGACAGGAGCUGACUUCUCAGGAACACAAGGAAACCAAAUAGGACAAGGUGGAGGGGAUUCGAAGGUUCCACUAGAGAAAGAGAGUGUUGAACCCUUAGGAAGAGAUAAAGGUUACUUGAUACAUGUCGGCAGUCUCUGCCCUUCAGUGUCCGAGGCUGAUUUAAGAUCUCAUUUCCAGAAAUACCAAGUUUCUGAAAUUUCCAUUUAUGAUUCUUCUAGUAAUUACAGAUAUGCAUCUCUUGCUUUUAAAAAAAACAGUGAUGCAAAGAUGGCUGUGAAAGAAAUGAAUGGGAUAGAAAUAAAUGGAAAAUCAGUAAAUGUGCAGCUUGUUAAAACUCCUGGAGAAUAUACAUCACCACUUUCCUCCAAAAGUGGACAUAGAGUUAGUUUGAAUAAUUUGGAGAAAAGGACCAGCAAAGAGAUCAACUCAGCUUCCUCCAUUUCUAGAUUGCCCAGAACUCGGCCGAGGCAGCGGGGAUCUGAGCAAGACAGUGAGUUUUUCCAUUUGGGCCAAAAGUGUGUCAAGAAGAACUGUAAACAGAUUGAAUCUACUAAAUCAUUACCUGAUACACCUGUUCGAUUCAUACCUCCAAAUACAUUGAAUCUUCGUAGCUUUACCAAGAUCAUUAAGAGACUGGCAGAAUUACAUCCAGAAGUUAGCAGAGACCGUAUUAUAGAUGCUCUUCAGGAAGUAAGAAUAAAUCAUAAAGGUUUUCUGAAUGGCUUAUCUAUUAAUACUAUUGUGGAAAUGACUUCAUCUGUUUUGAAAAACUCUGCUUCCAGUUAGGAAUAAAAGAAGCAAUAGGAGGUA